CGGGCACGCCGCCGCGGCCAUGACCAAGCUGGGCUUCCUGCGCCUCUCCUACGAGAAGCAGGACACGCUGCUCAAGCUGCUCAUCCUCUCCAUGGCGGCCGUGCUGUCCUUCUCCACGCGCCUCUUCUCCGUGCUGCGCUUCGAGAGCGUCAUCCACGAGUUCGACCCGUACUUCAACUACCGCACCACGCGCUUCCUGGCCGAGGAAGGCUUCUACAAGUUCCACAACUGGUUCGACGACCGCGCCUGGUACCCGCUGGGCCGCAUCAUCGGCGGCACCAUCUACCCGGGCCUCAUGCUCACCUCGGCGGCCAUCUACCACGCGCUGCACUUCUUCCACGUCACCAUCGACAUCCGCAACGUGUGCGUCUUCCUGGCGCCGCUCUUCUCCUCCUUCACCACCGUGGUCACCUACCACCUCACCAAGGAGCUCAAGGACGCGGGCGCCGGGCUGCUGGCCGCUGCCAUGAUCGCCGUGGUGCCCGGCUACAUCUCCCGCUCCGUGGCCGGCUCCUACGACAACGAGGGCAUCGCCAUCUUCUGCAUGCUGCUCACCUACUACCUGUGGGUGAAGGCGGUGAAGACGGGCUCCAUUUUCUGGGCGGCCACGUGCGCCCUCGCCUACUUCUACAUGGUCUCCUCCUGGGGCGGCUACGUCUUCCUCAUCAACCUCAUCCCGCUGCACGUGCUGGUGCUCAUGCUCACGGGCCGCUUCUCGCACCGCAUCUAYGUCGCCUACUGCACCGUCUACUGCCUCGGCACCAUCCUCUCCAUGCAGAUCUCCUUCGUGGGCUUCCAGCCCGUCCUCUCCUCGGAGCACAUGGCGGCGCUGGGCGUCUUCGGCCUGUGCCAGAUCCACGGCGCCGUGGAUUAUCUCCGGAGCCGCCUCAGCGCGCAGCACUUCGAGGUGCUCUUCCGCAGCGUCAUCUCGCUGGCGGGCGCCGCGCUGCUGGCCGCCGGCGCCGCGCUCAUGCUCACAGGCAAGAUCUCGCCCUGGACGGGCCGCUUCUACUCGCUGCUCGACCCGUCCUACGCCAAGAACAACAUCCCCAUCAUCGCCUCCGUGUCCGAGCACCAGCCCACCACCUGGUCCUCCUACUACUUCGACCUGCAGCUGCUCGUCUUCAUGUUCCCAGUGGGGCUCUACUACUGCUUCAGCCACCUCUCGGACGCCCGCAUCUUCAUCAUCAUGUACGGCGUCACCAGCAUGUACUUCUCGGCCGUCAUGGUGCGGCUCAUGCUGGUGCUGGCGCCCGUCAUGUGCAUCCUGUCGGGCAUCGGCGUCUCCCAGGUGCUCUCCACCUACAUGCGCAACCUGGACGUGAGCCGCCCGGAGAAGCGCGCCAAGAAGCAGCAGGACGCCACGUACCCCAUCAAGAACGAGGUGGCGAGCGGCAUGAUCCUCGUCAUGGCCUUCUUCCUCAUCACGUACACGUUCCACUCGACGUGGGUGACGAGCGAGGCGUACUCGUCGCCCUCCAUCGUGCUGUCGGCGCGCGGCGGCGACGGCAGCCGCAUCAUCUUCGACGACUUCCGCGAGGCCUACUACUGGCUGCGGCACAACACGCCCGAGGACGCCAAGGUCAUGUCGUGGUGGGACUACGGCUACCAGAUCACGGCCAUGGCCAACCGCACCAUCCUGGUGGACAACAACACSUGGAACAACACGCACAUCUCCCGCGUGGGGCAGGCCAUGGCCUCCACCGAGGAGAAGGCCUACGAGAUCAUGCGGGAGCUGGACGUCAGCUACGUGCUCGUCAUCUUCGGCGGCCUCACGGGCUACUCGUCGGACGACAUCAACAAGUUCCUGUGGAUGGUGCGCAUCGGCGGCAGCACGGCCACGGGCCGCCACAUCCGCGAGCACGACUACUACACGGCGGCCGGCGAGUUCCGCGUGGACCGCGACGGCUCGCCCGUGCUGCUCAACUGCCUCAUGUACAAGAUGUGCUACUACCGCUUCGGGCAGGUCUACACCGAGGCCAAGCGGCCGCCGGGCUACGACCGCGUGCGCAACGCCGAGAUCGGCAACAAGGACUUCGAGCUGGACGUGCUGGAGGAGGCCUACACCACGGAGCACUGGCUCGUGCGCAUCUACAAGGUCAAGGACCUGGACAACCGGGGCCUGUCGCGGACGUAGAGGCGCCGGCGCCGCGCUCGGGCGCCCGCCGGGACGCGGC